AUGGCCAAAGCUGAGGCCGCUGCAAAUCAAGAUCUCGACGAGCUAUCACUGCUGCCGUCGUGUCCAUGGUCACGAAAUCUCACGAAUGGCAAGAUAUGCGAUGACGACAGCAUCGGUGAGAAUGCUGAUGAUGCUGACCCGGAGCUGACCGGCGUAUGGACAACAGCAACGCUCGAGUCCAUAGACAUGAAGGGCAAACUGACAAAGGGAUUCAACAAAGGCGACGAGGACGAGGAGGACGAGGAGGAGGAUGACGAGGAGGAGGGCGGCAACAAGAAGCAGAUUCUGGCCCUUACAGGGAUCAUGAACGACAAACUUCAGAAACACUUCGUCUUCAACUUCGGCGACGAAGUUGUCACGGCGCCUGUGAUCUACGGCGGAUACGCCAGUGACGACUCCAUCGUUGGCGUGCUCUCGUCUCGCGUGUGGACGUGA